UCAUACAUUUACACGCCAACCGCCAUUUUCGAUUUAUUUCGAUUAAUGCCGGUUCCGCUGUUUACAAAUUAGAAUAUUUGAGUAUUUUUUAUUAUAAUUAGUACAAAUUCGUCAAAAAAUCAAUCAAUAUGCCUCCACCAGCGAAAAAAGACUGCGGGCUAAUCUUGUUCGAUGUAGCAUCGCCUAAAAAAACCGAACUCCUCAAUGGGCUCAUGAAAUUCUGUUGUUACAAGUGGUACAUGAACUCCAGGAGUAUGUACCGAGUAAUUCUGGUAAACUCGGCAGUAACUGAUAACGAUUUUAACUAUCCGCAUAUUCACACACUUGAAGAAGAAGACUUUGAACCAAACGCAAUCUUUUCUGAAAUAGAAGGUGCCAAGCCUGGCCAGUCAAAUUGGAUAGAUGCCUUGUCUUUGGGUGUGCAUCAUUUAGACCAAGCUGUAUCAAUGAAAGGCCUGGUGACGUUGCAGCUGAUAUUUUUUACCACCUUAGAUGCAACAAAACCGUUAAAUGUCGAUGCAGCAAAGUUAAGUUCUCUCAUGGAACGAAUGAAUGGACAUGAAAUAUUUUUGUACAUAAUUGGACCCAACGUGAAGCUACCAUUUGUCAUAACUAAUACCCAAUGUAUAUCAAAAUGCAUGAACGAACUACAAUUGCCUCCUGGUAACCAAAAUUUAGCUACUGCCAAAAAGAUCAUAACUGGUAUCAGGAACGGUGUUAUGUGUAAUACUAAAAUUGGUCUGAAUCUGUUGUUCAGUUACAAAAAUUCACCAGGUGGUCAGCCUUGGAAACUACCAUUAUCAUUUGGCACCAAGCUCUCCAUUCCAGCGACUACUUUUAAAAUAUUUAGGAGUGACCAACUGAUCCACUUGAAACUCAUUUCUUCAACCUCAAGGAGUUAUGUCAGAACCCUGGCUGAAAAUCGAGAUGUGAUAGUUAAAGAAGAUGAAAUUGUAAGAGGUAUUCAACGUCACGGAAAGUUUAUGAUAGUAGAUGACAAUAUGUUUAGAACAGAGACUGAUAGAUGUUUUGAUAUUAUCGGAUUCAGUGAUAAGAAAUUUUUCCCUGAAACAAUCAUAAGAGGCGAGACAUUUUAUGUUUUACCCGAUCAAUUUAACGCUGAAGCUUUUCAAGCAUUUACCCACUUGGUAAAGGUUCUCUCAGAAACGAAUAAAUAUGGUAUAUGUAAAAGAGUCUAUGCUAGAGGAAAUAAGCCAAAGUAUUUUGCCCUCAUCCCCAAUUUGGACUAUAAGCCAAAAUGCCUCACAAUGACUCAAUUGCCGUAUGGGGAUUACGCAGUCCCACAUAAGUUCGAGGAACCGAAAUGUCCAAAGGAAAAAAUCAAACAAGAUGAUUUCAGCAAUUUUUUUAAUAGUUUGAUAAUUGAAAAUCCUGGUUCAAAAACAGGGACAACUCUUGGUCCCACUAUGUUGCUGGAUAUCAACCAACAUAAACUGGCCAGUGAUGUGACUAAGAAGCGUCUGCAAAGAAACGACCUGGAUUUGGAUGCUUUGAAUGUCCAUGCUUUCGAAAAAGCACCGGACAAUAAAUUCAUGGAUGCUCUCAAGAGGUCUUGGCCAGCUAGAGAUGCACCGACUACUACAAGACAGUAGAUCUUUUAUUUAAUAAGAACUAUUAGUCCACAGUACAUCAUGCUUUUUCAAAAAUGAUUUAUUUUAUUUUAUUUAUUAAUCAUACGGGAAAACCUCAUUCAUAGUGUAAUUAUAAAGUAAAUAAUAAUAAUAACUAGCAUCAACACAAUAAAAGUAGUUCUCACAAGAAGAUACAAUGCAAUAAUACAAACAAUCACAAUAUAUGUAAAAUAUAAAAUGUAACAAAUAUAUCAUAUAACAGUAAAUUUAACAAGACGUAUUGACAAUAACGAAACAGACGUUUUUACAACAGUGAACAUCAUAAAGCCAGAGAUCUCUUCAGUUGAUCCAAUGAAAUAUUGAAAACAUCAACAUUACUACUAUUCAAUAAUCCCAUAUACCUAUCGACUGGGCUAUGAAAACCAUAGGAUAUUCUGUGGUAAGAGACACUCAAUGUUUUAUGAUAGCGCAUGGCCUGAUAGAGAACAUUACAAUCAAUUUGGCUUAAGAGACUUGGACAAUCAAUUUGUGCGUUAAUCAACUUAUCGUCGAUCUAAUACGCAAAUUGUCCAAGUCCAUUUUUUGCAAAAAGUGAUUUUUGGUGUCAUCUAGUAGUAGACGGUAAAAGCUACAGCCUGGCAAUUCCCAAAACCGCCGUUAUUAUUUUAUUUCGCGCCAAUUUCGCUAAACAAAUUUUGCUGAAAUCCAACGUUCUGUUCACAUUCAUACGAAUAUUGCCUAUGUCCAUUGUUUGAUCACGUGUUCACUUGCAUGUAACAGUGUUUCUGAAGUUGUUUUGAUUGAAAACGUUAGAAAAUGUAAGUAAAUAAAUAUGAUAUUGUUAUUAAUAUACAGGGUGUCCCGGAAAAUAGUGCGUUCCUUAAAGGUAUAGGUAGAAGACACCAUGUAGAACAAAAAACUCUUAUAAAAUUUUUUUCUAAAUGCAACCGUUUGACCAAAAAAUUAAAAUACAUUUUGGUAUGCAAAUUUAAAUCUGACAACUAUGUGAAGUACGCAAAUUUAAGCAUAGACAGUUCCAUGUAAAUAGUUAGAAGACAGAUAGUAAACAGAUAGUUUUAAAGAAUCCUGUUUAGUGUCAAUGCCGAAAAUGUUUUCGAAUCGUGAGUGUAUUACCUAUUAUAUUAUUAUGUUGAUUAUUUAUGGCAGAUCACUGAAUGGAGAGGCAUACUAUAAUUAUUUCUUUAAAAAUGUUUUGCCGGUAUUUCUCGUCGUAUGAAUGGUGUUUGUGAAAGUGGGAUACUUUGAACAUCUAUUCGGUAUAAUAAUUAUUUUCAAGUAAGUACAACUUAAUUAUUUAAGUUCCACUGUAAACUAUGUCAUUCAGUUAAAGCCCUCAGCAUUCAACACCUUUAGAGCUUACUAAAUACAUAAUCCUUGUUCAGUUAAAAGAUUUGUUUUUUAUGUUAAAAGAUGUGUAAUUCGUUUAAAAUUAUGCAAUAAGUAUUUCAAUACAUUUCAAAAAAAUAAUUUUAGUAAACAAAUAGUAAAAAUGAUACAUAAAUACUAUUAGGUUGGAUUAUUUUAAAUACUGUAAAUCACAAACGAGUUCUUAUUAUCUGUUAAUAUUCCGUAGUGCGUACGAUGUUGCCGGUUUAUUAAAAUUUCUAAACAUUAAAAUACAGGUAUAUGGAAAACAAUGUUAUCUUUUUUUUGGAAACGGUUAACUUAAGAAAAAAAUGGUAUAGGACUUUUUUGUUCUAAAUUGUGUAUUCUCUACAUACCUUAAAGGAACGCACUAUUUUCCGGGACACCCUUAAGAUAUAGUAUAAUAAGUAAAAACAUUUGUGUAAAUAUUUUGUUUAAUUAAUUUUGGUCAAUUAUGUAUUUCACGGAGUUAGGCAAUUUUCUUUUUUAAUACUGUUGUUGUUUUUUGGACAUGGCAAGUUCCACAGUGUUUUGUCUCUCCUGUAAAAUUUUCGAUUUGUGACUUAGGCAAUUUGCUUAUUAGACCGACGUUAUGUAGAAAUAUUGCACCAGAGAUGUCACGACGUAAUCUGAGAGGAAGUAGAGAGAGAUGGGAUUCAACAGUUGAGUAAUCAUGGUUAACUAUAGUUAGAUAAGAUUUGAAUGCGCAGUAACGUAAAAAUUUAUGUUGGAUCAUCUCGACCGUAUCGAUAUGGUUUUGAUAGUAAGGGCACCAAACUACCGAACAGUACUACAACAAGGAUCUAACAAAAAGUUAAAUUAUGACUUUUGUAAUCGCAAAACAUAACCUGCCAUAAUUAACAUAUCGUCAUAUCCCGGUGAGAAGUCACUAACUAACAUUUUAUUGUUAUGGAGAUAUUUGAAGGUAAAUAUAAAAUCUUCACUAUAAAUCAGGUUUUUAAAAUUUUCUAUCACAAACUGGUUUAAGGUGUAUUUACUGCUGUUAUAUUUAUUAAUCUGAAGUUACUAAUACUUUGAAGCUACUCUACUAUGUAUUUUGUGCAAUACUAUCAGUUAGUGAUCUUUUGCAUAAACAACAAUAAUGAAUUUUGGUAAUAACUAUUUAUUACAUAAUACAUAAUAUAAUUAUUACAUAUUAUUAUAUUUAUUACAUAAAACAUCGUAAUAAGUUAAAAUAAAAAAAAUAUCAAAAAAGUUCCUCUUCUUCGUCAUCCUCAACGGCUCAGAGGUGCAACCAGGAUGAUCCUAAGGGGGCGUGGGUUACAACAACUUGAUGGUCUCUGGGGGUAUGGAAUAGUAAUGGUGUUAAACGUAUAGAGCCCAAAGUACAUCCAAAUGGGGGGGGAGGGUUAUAACCCCAAAACCGCCCCCUAGUUACGCCUAUGCAACGGCUGGCUCGGUUAUUGUAUCUGGUAUAUUAUUGGCUGUUGGUAGAGAAGCAUACCUACUAUCCAUGCAGUUUCUCUGGUAUAAUUUCUUUUUUACAUAAUUUCAUCAAAUUCUCCUUUUUCUGGUUACAAAUAGGCCGCAGUUGAUUGUAAGCUUUAAUUUCAUUCACACAAUUUUGUCGACCUCUUCCGUGUACAUUUAGUACAAUGUAGGACUCUGUGUGACUGUAGCGAAAUUUUAUUAUGUCUGGAUUGGCAUUUCCAUAUCGCAAAGAUUUUCAGACGAUUUUUAAUUGUGCGUUUUGAGAGGUCUUUAAGGUCCAAGAUAUCAGAAAAAUGCAGCUGUUUGACAGGGUGGGGAUUGUCGGAGCUUUUGUUUCUGUUCGAUCUACCCUUUUUUAGUAUGUUCAUCCACUCCAUAACAGAACUAACAGACACAUGCCUUUUUUCCCUUUCAAUGACCCUAUGCAUGCUGUCAACUUCUAUGAAAGAAUCGCCGAAUUCUAGGUAUUUCUGCUCUAUGAUUUCAAUAUGAGUAGUUUGGGUCAAAUACAGCAGAAGCGAAGAGAUGUGCUGAUUGCGAUUUUGACCCCCACAUGUGUCUGAAAACAAUGAAAGCUCUGUAAUAUUCUUUGGAAGUCCAUUAAUCCACUGCAUUAAAGCUGUAUCAAUUUCAUUGUUGCCUCUUUUACCAUUCACCUCAGACCACAGCAUGCAAUAUGCUUCAUUUGGAAACCGUGACUCAUAAACAGUGAAAUUAUAAAGGCAGAGUUUACGACAGUAAUAUAACAGAUAUUCUUCACCAGUCGGUAUUUGAAGAACACUCUGUAAGUCACUUUUCAGAUCGGAUCUCAUCUUUUUCUUUAGCAAUUGUGGCCUGCCUUUUUCUUUCUAAGUGGGCAUUGUAUUUUUGUUCUAAUUCAGGUAUUACAGAAUCUAUUUGUUUUGCGUCCCUAAAUUUACUACAGAGGGUACCUUGAUCCUUUUUCGACACGAAAAAUGAAAAAUUGCAGAAAGAAAAAUGAAAAAAGAAAUUCAGACAGACUUCAUAUUCAUUGCUUAUAAGAAAGUAUGCUCUGCUGCACUUUCUCUUUUUAUUAUUUGAAACAUUUGCCAAAGGUCUUGCCGGUUCUUUUGUUUGAACCAUUUUUAAAAUGAAAUCUUUCUUUCUUUUAUAAUUAGAAAGAGACCAGUACUUUUUACAAAUGCUGAUCCUAUCCAUUUCCGAAAAAUUUUGACUAGAUUUAAAUUUACAAGAUCGACAGUUUACUCGUUGUGGAACCUUUAUACCCUUACACACUUCGUUGUUUUAUAGGGCAAACAGUUAAACUUAUUAUUCUUCUCAAUAUUUUUUGACCAUUUAGAGGGAUCAGCUUUUCUACAUCGGGAAAAAACUUUCUUUAGAGGUGUAUUCUCAUCAUUAUUCCCAACAGAAUUAUAUAUGUUUAACUAUUAAACUUCAACAAUCAGUUGUUAUAACAAUACUAACAAGUAACGUCACCAAGGAAUAUUUUUUUAGAAAAAUAAUAUGUGUUCACUCACUAACUGCAUAUCAAUAACUGAGAAAUAGAAGAGUAAAAUCAAACACAGCAGUGGUUUAUUAUUAUGGACAAAUAAAUACUUGGGCACAAAAUUGGAGAAUUAAAUUGAAUGAACAAAAAUCAAACCAUAUUGUUUUUACAAAAUGUCACGGUGAAUCACCUACAGUAACAAUAAAUAAUAAGGCAAUUCCCUCAGUUACCUCUGUAAAAUAUCUGGGCAUGCACUUGGACAGGGGAUUAACCUGGAGAACCCAUAUAUGGAACAAACGGAAACAACUGGGCAUAAAAUUUAGUAAGCAUUAUUGGCUUCUAGGGCGUAAGUCUAAGCUCACGACAAGAAAUAAACUGCUAGUCUACAACACAAUAUUCAAAUCAGUAUGGGCAUAUGGUCUGCAGCUCUGGGGAACAGCAUCCAAGUCGAAUGUAUCCAUAAUUGAGAGAUUCCAGUCCAAGGUGUUACGUUCAAUAAUCGAUGCUCCGUGGUUUGUUACUAACAGGGAUAUUUACAAUGAUCUGGAAACGAAAACCGUCAGUGAAGUGAUAGUGGAGUUAAGUGCAAAAUACAUCGUACGUCUUGAAAGCCACGCGAAUGUGCUUGCAAUUAAUUUGUUAGACAACAGUCAGGAAACAAGGCGGUUAAAGAGACAGACACCAUUAGAUUUACCGCAUAGACAUUAACAUUGUUACAGUAGCUAAGUUAAUAUAUUUAUGUAAUACAGUAAUUUAAUAUUAUCUCUGUAGAGAUGUGUGACGCUGGUCACAAUCUCUCUUCAUGUCAUUAUUUCUAAGAUAAAAUGUGCCUAUUGUUAUAUGUUAUAACAGAUUGCCUAAUAAACAUGUAAAAAAAAUUAUUAUGGAAAAAGUCACUAAGUGCCAUUAAUGAGUUUUAACGCAUAUCUCUACAAAUUAUUCGUAUGUAAAAAGUUACUAAGUCAGGUAUUUUUGGCUACUUAAUAUUUUCUGUAUUAACGGGUUAGUGAUUUUUCACCACACAGAAAUAAUCAUUUAGAAACACAUUUAGCAAGUAGUGACUUUUAUAAUAGAAAGAUAUAGUGAAUUUCAUUCGAUCGGUGAAAUUAAUGAGUUUUUUCACAAAAUGUCAGUUAGUGACUUUUCGCCGGGAUGACGAAUUUACGUUGUUCGACUAAAUAAACGAGACUGUAAAUUUGUCGGACAAGAGGUCGACAAUAGUUAGUAAUUUAUCAAUACUUUCAAUUGAAAAUUAAGAGUUUUGUAAUAACAAAACUAUACCGCGCUAGAGUGACAUCUUGAGGGUGUCAUAUUCGACUCUUUUUUUGUCCGACAAAAAUAAUUUAUUUUAUUCUAACGCAUAAUCUUUGGAUUAAAAUUAAAAAUUAUAGCUUUGCAAUUAAACCUAACCGCGUUAGAGCUACAGGUUUAGGCGUGGGGCGUGCUGAAACGCGCCCAACCUGCUCUUUGAAAUUUUUCAAAAGUGGUAGACUAAUUCAAACGAAGCAAUUAAAACCAUUUUUAAGACUUUUGUAAUCAUUUCUGAAAAACGAUGAUGUACUGUGGACUAUAUUAUAAUAUAAAUAACAUUUUUUACAUUUCUGUAAGUUUGUCAGUUUGAUUUAAUAUAAAUAAAUGUAUCCUUUUAUGUA